GUGGCGAGGACACCGCCAGCCUCGCCCACGGCCAGCUGCUGCUGCGAGCGGCAUGCUGGGGCGUUCACCGCGCCACCGCAGGCUGGGCCCUCGUCCUCCUCAGCGACAGGCUGGCCGAGGCCCCGUUCCACAUCCGCAAGUACGAUAGUUUCGGCUGGCCGCUCUGGUCCACGCUGCUGCCCUGCUCGUCGCAGUUCCUCUUCUUCCUUCCCGCGGCGGCCCUCCUCAACGGGGCCGUGGCACAACGGAGCCGCGCCCGCUACGGGAGCCCCAGGAUCAGGAGGUUCUACGCCAGCCUGAGCAGAGAGGUCCACGCCGCCAUCUGCGGCUGUUUCGUGAGCGACUGGUGCCUGUUCCCCACGGACCCCGCGGGCAGGAUGACCAGAAUAGGCACGAUGGCCAGCUGGCUGUGGGAGAAGGAUCGGCAUGUCUGGGUGGUGGCGCGUCUUGACAAGGCUGCCUGCCAGACGUCUGGACGCGGGGGAUGGGACGGCCUUGAGACUGACCAGGACCCUCUCCGGAGCGGUGUGCUGCGCAGCCCGGGGGUCGCGCCCGAGUCCGGCUGGAGCGCGUUGUCGGCCCCGGUGCAGUUCGCGGUCCCGGCCGCACGGCGCGGAGGAGCCGACCACCAUCCACUUCUGGCGCGCGCGCGCACGCGCCUUGUUGUUCUUAAUGGGGAGGCGUCCUCGUUCUUCUACUGCCUCUACUCCCUGGUGGCCUUCGGAGACGUGCUCAAGCUGUCUCUAUUCGCCGCCUUCACUUAUUCGAACGUGCUGUCCAUCAUCUGUGUGAUCGCGCAACACCCAUGGGGCACGAGCGUUAAGGUCAUCUGGUGGGCCGGCGGCCACAUCAGCGAGGCCAUCGAGGGCGCCCACACCGCGCUGGCCAGGCCGCCGCUGCAGAAGCUGUCCGCCAAGGGGGUCGAAGUCUCGGCGAGCUACAUCGUCAAGGGGCUGAUGGUGGCCGCGAUCUGCGCCGCCCGCCAGAGCCAGGUGUGGGAGGAGGUGCGCGGCCACCUCUCGAGGCCCGCCGUCGCGCUCGUCGGGACCGCCUGCGUGUUCGCGGCCUCCGCGUGCGCGUGGCGGCUGCGGGACUUCUGA